AUGCAGGUAAACACUAAGCCUGGAUACACUCGUGCCGACUGGUUCUUCAGAGCUAUGCGUGUCGACUAUCAGCAUGAUCAUCUCUUCUCACUGACAGAUGCCGCUGAACAUGAUCGGAGAAGAAAGCUGCUAGGCCCUGGGUUGGCUUCAACUAACCGUCGUGAGCAGUUCUACGGGACCGAAUUUCCCUACGAACUAUUCAUCAACGAGCGUCUUGAGGAGCUUCUUCAUCUUAUCAGGUCCAACUACCUCUCCUCUGGCUCGAAGAUGGUGCCUGUGGACAUGGCGGCCAAGAUCCAGUAUUAUGCCUACGACGUUAUCAGCACCAUCGCCUUUGGCCAGCCUUUCCAGAUGCUCCAAAAGGACACUGAUACGAACGGUUACAUCCAGUCCGUAAAAGAAGGGUUUCUCGUCGCCAACGUUCUGGUUGCCCUCGGACUCGCAAAGGCUUCUCAAUCGUCCCUUAUCGGCCCGGCACUGGCUCCUAGAUCCAACGAUGAGACUGGGUACGGGAAACUACUCGCAGUGUCCGCCAAAUUGAUAAAGGAACGGGAGGCGAAUCCCCGCGAGAAUCCACAGGAUAUGCUCGAUUCGUUUAUUCGGCAUGGCAUGGCGGGUGAUGCCCUGCGCUCCGAGAUGCUCGACGCUGUUAUCAUUGGGUCCUUUGGACCUUACUACUCCAUCUGCUCGGUGAUCCUCCUCACCUUGACAAACCAGCACGUCCUCGCCAAACUCCGGCGCGAGAUUGAUGAAGCCGUUACUACCGGUAAAGCGCCCCGGGCAGGCAACGGAGUUAUCAGCUUUGCCCAGACGAAGCAACUUCCAUACCUGCAAGCCGUGAUCCGUGAGUCACUGCGAAUGUUUCCGCCUGUAGUUGGCCUUUUCCCCCGGAAAAUCCCCGCUGGGGGAGACACUGUCACUGUCGCCGGCAAGACUGUAUUCCUACCCGAAGGUGCAUACAUAGGACGAUCGGUGUAUGGCAUGUACCGCUGCAAGGAAACUUACGGUGAGGACGUGGAUAUAUUCCGUCCAGAGCGCUGGCUCGAAGCUGACGAUGCUGAGCUUGCGAAUAUGAUUCGUGUUAACGAGCUCAUUUUUAACCACGGGAAGUACCAGUGUAUGGGGAAGGUCAUCGCCCAGACCGAAAUAGCAAAGGCCGUGUUCGAGCUGCUACGAGCAUUUGAUUUUGACCUUGUUACUCGAGAUAAAGACCCUUGGAAGACGGUUGACAUGUUUGGUAUUUGUGGAGUAUCGGAUUUUUGGGCCUGGAAGUGUUGCAGAGUAGAGUACGACGGCGCAAACUUCAUUAUUGGAUACGAGAUGCUAGGCCAUGUCAUCUCGGAACUGCAAGGUUCUUUGCUUGGACUGGGGACUGUGCUCGACAUCUGGGUUGUUCCCGGUAGAGCUGGCGUCGUUGAUACACUGAUCGAGACUGCGUGGCUGGUAAAAGGGAGCUUCUGGUGGCUGAUGCUUAAGCUCCCUGGCUGUUCAGCAGUCCAUGUUCAUGCUAUGUAA